AAAAGGCUAGAUUGGAAGUGAAGGAGGUAUUUUAUGUAAAAUAGUAGGUUUAAUAUUAGUUAAAUAUACACACUCGACUUAGCCAAAAGGCUGAGAAAAAGGGAACAGACAGACUUGAAUUAUCCAGACUGUUAUUGGCCAGAACUGAGUUUUGGAAGAUGAUUGGCUGGUGACAAUCCAAAACUACAGACAGCAAGUCUUGCAAAGGACAUCAGCCGGCCUUUAAUGACAAGAGGUGCUCAGGGGCCUGAGUUGAAUUCUGCUCGUAAGAUGGCACCUCCAAUAGUACAAGAGAGACAUACAUAUUUAUGAAAUACCAGGUUUUAUCCACUUUUUAAAACUUUUCCAUUUCUGCUGCCAGUUUAUUCUCCCUGAGCACAGAUUGCUUUAAAUGAGUAUGUCUUCAAAGACAGAAUGCCUGAAAACCAUAAUUUUUAUUCAAUUCAACUUUUUAGGGAAAAUACUUGGGUUUUGGCCAAUCAGUGCAUUUAAUCAUUAGUAAUUUAGAGGAUCAGAACGCCAAGACGAUCUUGUCUUCUUUGUCACUAAUACAGAAAAUACUGUAAGUGUAGUUAGCAAACUGAUUUAUAUGUAACUGAUCUAGAUUUGAAUUUAGCUGUUUCAAAUUAAAUAAUAAAAUUUGUUUCAUGGGGAACUUAAAAUGCAAUUAUUAUUGGAAAAGUAACUGUCAGUGAUAUUUUGUUAUUCAUCAGAUAUAUUCUUUCCAUGAAUUCAUCCCUGAUCUGCUUGAUGGAGUAGCAAAAAUCCACUUUCAUUAUUUCUUUAACUCUUGCUACUCCAGGCUGAGUUAAGUGAAUGCAGUAGCCCUUGCAAAUUGCUCUGGCCCUUGUAUUAUGAAUUAAGAUCCAUGGUAGAGUUUAUAUCUUAAGGUGCCAAUCUCAGUUGCACUGUAAAAUACCUGUAAUAACUUGCUUUGGAUGAUAGUUGUAUAGUAUGACUUUAAGAUUUCAGACUGACUUGUCAGGAUUAUUAGUGAUUAAAAAAACUGUUCACUUGUUGACUUAGCAAACUGAAUUGGGGUGGUAAGCUUUUAUUCUUGUUUUUCUUGCCGUUCUCUACAACUAAAUUGUGCAGACUACAAAUUCUGAGAAUGCUGGCGUGCUCAAGCGGGGAUGUCCAAGACUUACACUAAGUGUCAAUAGGUUCCUAUAAUUUCAAGUAAGGCUGGUAAAAUCUAUUGGUUCUCAACAGCUCAGAGAGCUAUGGGCUGUGUGUUGCAGUAUGGGUAACUAGUAGUAGGGGCAUCUGAAUUUAACAGACACUUCAGACAUUUUGGCCUUAUGUGCUCCUGACAUCUCUCAUCUGUAAAAUGGUGAUAAUGCAGUAAUGUUUACAUAGAACCGGGGAGAUGAUAAAAAAUCAGUAUCAGUCUUUCUGCAUUAUGUAGGAAGAGUUAUAUUUAUGAUUAGGGAAUGAACCUUAUUCCUCUUAGCUGAAUGCUUUCUUCACUUAUUUCAUAUGGUAGGAACAGCGGUAACAAAGCACUCGUCAUUUUUUUUAAAAAAAGCUGGCUCAUAGAAUAUCUGCUCACCACAAGAGUUUUCUCUAACUGCUGUAGAAACACUUUUAAACUUGUUAUUUUAAGCUAUGCAUAAGUAUUGGCAGCUAAUAUUCUGUGCACCUAUGAAGGCGAAAAGGGUUAUCUGAUUACGUGUAUUUGCAGAUCUCUCUCUGCUUCACGUUCUUGCAGACCAGAACAACAACAUAACUUUCUUCUUUCAGGAUAGUUAAUGUUCUGGCCCAGAAUUAUAGCACCAGAUGUGUUGCCACAGAAACAAUUUAAAGGGAGAAGGAAUUGCAAGCAAAUCGUCUUUCUAGUGGAAAAUGUAAAAGCAGUAUUCAUGUUUUAGAGCCUCUCGUCGGUUUCUAUGUGUGUUAUAUGUGCUUGCAGGAGAGAAUAAGGGCGAAUUUUGCUUUUUUUUGUUUCAUACAUCUGUUAGCAUUUUAAAAUUCUCUGUACAGGGUUGAAAAUUGAAAAAUAUCCUAUUAUGGGCAUGAGUUACGUACCUCAGAGACAUUUUUUAUUAAAUCCUGACUCAUUUUUAGAAACUUUUUCCUUGAAAAGUGUGCAGUGUGCUAGCUGAUUUACUUAGCUCCACUUGCAACACGCUUUGGAAAAUAUUUCCAGUAAUAGUUGUUUCUGUGAAAGUAGGGAGACAUUUGACUGUAUAAAAUUAUCCCAGAUUUUGAUGCUGAGAAUUAAUAGCACAUUCUUAUUUACUACAAUUGACAUGCUGAUGAAAAGAAGGAAUGUAUUAUAGGAAAUAUUUUUAUUUAAUCUUGCCUAGGAAGCCUUAAAGCAGCCAAAGCCCUUAAGUUUAGUUAGUAUUUCUUUUUUCUCAGAGUAGUUGCCACAGGAUAGUCUAUUCAACAUAUUCUUUUCUCAACUACUAUGAAAAUAUUUGUCUGAACAAAAUGUAACAUGAAUUACCUUUUCACUUUUUUGACCACAGAUGGGCAUCUUUAUCCUACAGUUUUGCAUACUCUUUGGGGUAGAAUAAUGAGAAAAACAUCCAGGAAGGCCAUAGCUACAGCAGAACAGGUUGGCACAUGUAAUAAUUGUGUCGGAAACUCUCCAGAUGUGGAUACAUCUACUAUUUGCAAAAAAGAAAUUUUUCAUAUAGAAUUUGUGCUGAUUUUUGACCAAGUUAAUUUAAACUAACAAAAAUGCUGAUGGGAUUGUGUCUGCACUAAGAUUUCAAUUUUAUCAUAGACAUGCCAUAAAAUACAGCAUCUGUAGCUAACAUUGGUGGGCAUUUCUUAUAUAAACUUGACUGAAGAAUCUGGGAAAAUUUAAAAAAGGCCGAGAUCCACACUUAAAGAGACCUGUUUACGCAGUUCUUUGUCAUUCAUGCAUUUGGAUGUUCCUUCUCCCAGUAAAUUUUGAAAUACUGCUGGCUGACUAGCUGAAGGAAGCAUAAUUGCAUUUAUCUUAUCAAAAGCCAGGGUGAAGUUUGUGUCUUUUCAGAGUGAUGGAAAAAUUUAACCAUAUGCAUCUGUAUGCAUAAUGCUACCCUGUGAUUUUGGAGGAUAAUGGGCAUACAAUGUUGCCAAGAAGUCUUAUUCUAUCGUUUGUUUGUUUGUUUUGUUUUUUGUUUUCCCUCCAUGAAAUUUAUUUUUUUAAAUAUUUUUUUUCAUCUAGCCAUACUUUUAAAUGUCUCUCAGUUUGGAAAUAUAUAAUUUAUUCCCUUUGUUACUCAUCUUUUAUACAAAUCUGGGUUCUUCGCUUUUCCAUUGAGGAAAAUUUUAACUGAAGAAUUAGAAUAUAUCCAAGUAUACUGGAGUUAGAAACAGUUACUUAUACUUAUGAAAAUAGUUCAACCUUAUUUUAAGUGUCCUACAAGAGUAAUCUUUUGAAAUCUGUCAGUUUUGGAAUUAGACUGUAUACCAUGUCACAGAUUUGAGUUUUGGCAGGUUCACAGGCAUGUACAUCACCAAACAAGAUCUGCCGUAAAGAUAAGAAAUUCAUUUCUCUUUUGCAUUCCUUAUUCAGGCAGAACUCCAGUUCUGGGUGUGGAAGGAAUGCAGAGCUGGGCCUAGAGCUUGGGUCUGCACAGGUUAGAAAUGACCUUUCAGUGUAAAAUUUGGAUCUGAAUCUGCAUCCAUAUUUCGCUAGAAGACCACAAAUAUUUCAAUCCAGGUUUCUGGUUUGGGUGCUCUUCAGGGCUGAAUCAGUCCUUAUGUUUUCAAGCUGAUACAGGCAUCCUCUUAAUUAGUUCACAUCCCUUUUGUUUGAUCCCAUGAGAAGAUAGUUUAUUCUUUCUUUAGGUGGUAGAGCUUUCCCAGACAGACAUUGUAAACUAGAAAUAUAGGUACUUACAAUUUUCUUAAAAAUGUCCUAUGGGCCUGAAAUUUCUUGUGCUUGGUUUCAGUCCAGUGUUGAAUAAGACUGGAAAGUCUGAAUAAUGUCAGUUCAGCUGCAUUUGAGUUAUUCAAGUUCAUUUUAAAAAUAUGUACUUUCCGCUUACAUUUUUUCCAUAAUUCUCUGCACUUACAUAACCUCUGUUUUUUUUAUUUAAAUUGCCACAGACUUGAGAGAAGAGUCAUUCUCCAAUAAUGGGACUUAACAGAUAAACAAGCAGGGAGGCAGUUCAAAGACCUCAGUGUGCUUUAAAAUCUUAGUGUUUACUGUCUUAGUGUUAGCAUGAAUAGGUUUAUGUUUCUACUAGUGCAGACAAAAUACAAUGCAAAUAACCUUCAGUUCAUCUAUGUGCUGAAUUUCUGCAAUUUUUACAUAAUGUAACUUAAAUUCUACAAAAAGAGUUCAGAAGGUUUCUCCAGAUUAUAAGGGAGGAUUUUGUUUGAUGAGAUCUGUAAAGUUAAAGUAGUAGGCCCAGGGUUUUCAAAAAGAUUUGACAGAGAGGUAUUCCAAAUGCAUGUGUAGCUGUUUGAGCAAUUAUUACAAGAGAGUGUACGUAUUGGGUAACUGUGUAUGAAAAUGUGGUUAAUACUUGGUGUAUACAGAAAGUUCACAGGCUUUGCUAAAGUUUUGAAGAUACCUGAUUUGUAGCAAGUUAGUUACCUGUGUUUUACAAUGGAAGAUAAAAUAAAAGUGCAGUUAAAAUGGAUGGACAUUGUCUCAAACUGCAUCGGUUUAAUUCUGUCAGUAACAUAACAGCUUCAGCAUCACUGUAUGUUUGUUGUAUAGAUAUAUAUAACUGCACAUGACUGUGUGCCUUUUUCCAUGCUUUUAGUACAAUAGUGUAUGCCCAGACUUUAUGAAAAUCUGUCACUAGGCUUCUGUUAGUUAUUGUCUGAAACAGAAGCCCACACAGUGAUCUUGAAGGUAAUGCCACCUUUGAAGAGAGUCCAGCAUGUAGAAAGCUGAUGGGAAAUACUACUUUAAUUAACCACAACUCCCACUGAAACAAUAGAGCUAUCCUUUGUGUAACUCUGCUGAAGUCACUGGAUCUUGUUCCUAAUUCCACUGAGGCUGGGUUGUGCCCCUCCCUGUUUCUGAAGUGUUCACAUGCCAAUGUGUUGUGCAACCAACACAAUUUGUUAACAAAUAAAGAAGAAUUUAAAUAACCUUAGAAAAUACGUGCAGGCAUCCCAGCUGCCUGCAAACAAACAUCAGAAGUGCAAAACAAGUAAGUAGUCUUAAAAUUGCUUGCGCUUGGGUUCCCCAAAAACAAAACCACAAGUCUAAGGAGUAUGUGCUCUGCAAGAGAAGGCUUUGCAUGAGAAGAUAUACUGCAUCUUCUGGUAAGAUCUCCAGUCCAGACAUAAUUUCUGUGUCGGCCCAGCCUAGCUUGUUUUCUCCAGAGAUGUGGUAAUAUAUGAUGAAUCUUUCCCCUGUAUGUGUAUGAAUUUGACUGCUUUUAGUUUCAUUUAAAGAAAUAAGCAAGUAUACUUUGACUUGCAAUUGUCAGAUUAUCUUUACAGUAAAACUGUAGCUCAUUGUAAAAUACCUCUCUUGAGCAAGCCAAGUCAUAAGGAGCAAAACAUUUUCCUAUUAUAACACUGAAUGCACUGUGUGCCAUUGCUGCUGUUAACUGUGUCAGGAUCUGGAUUUAAUUCUAGAUCGGAAUUAGUAUAUUGUUGGAAUCACUCGUCAACAUGUAUAUUUUGUAUCUGAGUGGCCAUUUCUGAAUUUUGAAGAUCACCCAAGAGUGCUUUUCUGCCAGUAAAUUCUCUGGGCUGUACAUUCUCAAUGACAAUUUUGUAGAUGAUCACAAAUGUGAGUUCAUAAGAUCAACGAUCCAUGCACUGAUGGUUGGAGGGUCAUAUUGCAAGUGUGGGAAAACUGCCAGGAGACAGAACAUCACAGGGACAUACUGUUCUAUCUAUCGCCUCUCCAGCCAGGCAUGGCUCCUCAUUGAUGGGAAGGCGUAUCACUGCUGUGCUUAUAGUACCUUUCAGCGUUCUGGACACUGCUGCCAUCAUCUCAGACUCAUCUGGCAAGACGUGUGAUGAUUAUGUCGUUCACAAAUUGUGCCUGUCUGAUGCCAAAAAAGCAGAUCAGUGCACACACAGUACCUUUGAUAUCACUGGAGUCAUCACUGUACUGUGAUAUUUAGCUGUUUUGCCUGUGUGUUGUCCUGAAAUUUAAAGUUCUUUGCUGGUGAUCUCAUCCAUCACCAUCUCCUUAAAUUAUCAUUCAAGCAACAGCUAUAUGAAUAUGGCCUAAGCAUUUGGCCAUUCAUUUCUGUGUUAGAUCUCUCUGCAGCUCUAAUAACUAUAACUCGAUGCAAACCUGACUGUCAUUUCCCCACAUAUCACAUUCUGAAGGUGACCGUUGUUUGUUCUCAUUCUGUUAGGACAAUAGGAGCUGAUGAACUAAGGAUCGGUAUGUACGGUGAUCUGAUUGAUACCUUGAGUCUUUUGCUCAUUGGUCUUGGGUAAGAGCUCUUCACACUCUUGAGUCAGUAUGUGUGUUAGCCUCACAAUUCACUCCUUCCACCUUGAAAGGGAACUAAGAGAACUUUCUUACAGGGGGCCCAGUUUUGUGAAGUGACACGAUCCUAUUCUGCAAGAGUGGUCUCAAUUAUAAUUGGCUCAUAGGCAGGUGCUGCUUGCUGAAGCCAGCGAACAGCGGGUGCUGACAUACCAGGGAGAUAUACAGCCACUUCUUGCCUAGGCUGUCGACUCACUGUGUGUGUCCACAAGCAGCUGAAGGAAACAGGAGUCUGGUGCAGCUUUUGAAGACACGCAACUAGAAGCAAAAGCUGAUAGACUUACUGAUUGGCAAUCAUGUCGGUCAAGCUCACAUUUGUCUCUCCUGGUGAUGGGGGCGGUAUCAGCAGGAGUUGUUCCUUCACUGGAUUCAGCACUGUGCAAAGCAGAAAAUUAGCAAAAUCUCUCGGCAGAAGUUCAGUGAGAUCAAGAAUGUCACUGAAAUCCCCCAAGGCUUAUAAUUCCCUGCAGAAGGGGGCAGUCAUCUGGGAUCCAAAGCCGCUGCAGGUGAAGAAAAUUUUUGAAGCUUUGAAGAAAGGACUUAAUGAAUACUUGGAAGCACAUCAGGCUGAACUGGAUUAUCUCUCUGGUCGACACAAAGAUACAAAAAGGAACUCCAGAUUGGCUUUCUACUAUGACCUGGAUAAGCAAAUCCGCUCUGUGGAGAGAUACAUCAGAAAACUGGAGUUUCACAUAAGCAAGGUAGAAGAACUCUAUGAAGCUUACUGCAUCCAGUGCAGACUACGAGAUGGAGCCACCAAUAUGAAACAUGCCUUUUCCUUAUCUCCUUCCACCAAAGCCUCCAGAGAGAGCCUAGUGGAGCUUUACAAGAACUUCCAAGAGUGCACAGAGGACAUGUGCUUUAUAGAAGGGGCGUUGGAGGUCCAUUUGGGAGAGUUUCACUUGAAGAUGAAAGGGUUGGUGGGCUUUGCACGUCUCUGCCCGGGGGACCAGUAUGAGGUGUUUGUGCGACUGGGACGCCAAAAAUGGAGGUUGAAAGGCAAGAUUGAGACCGAUGACAGCCAAACAUGGGAUGAGGAAGAAAAGAUUUUUAUACCCAAUCUCCAUGAGAAGUUUGAAAUCAAGGUGACAGAGCUGCGAGGACUGGCCACUAUUCUGGUUGGUGUUGUGACAUGCGAUAGCAUAAACUUCUUUACAACCAAGCCUCAGGCAAUCAUUGUGGAUAUAACUGAACUGGGCACCAUCAAGCUACAGCUGGAGGUUCUCUGGAACCCCUUUGACACAGACAACCUGUUUUUGUCACCUGGAACCACUGCCAAGUUUUCUGUGGGUAGCAGGAAAAGCUCAUUAUACAACUGGACACCACCAAAUACUCCCAGCUUCAGAGAGAAAUACUACCUGUCUGUUUUGCAGCAAAGGCAGAACCAAGGGGAUGUCAGUGAUGAAGCUCAACCUCCCAGCAUAUUGAGCUACUUGGCUACCUGUGAUUUUGAUGCACAUGGGAGGAGCAAGCCUCACAAUCCUGCGGAGACAAGCGAGGCAGACUCGCUCAGCUCUGAGGAUCAGAAAGGGGCAGAAUCCAGAAAUACAACGCCAGCUCUAGACCACAGGACAUUGCCAUUAGUGAUUAUUCAAGAGACUUGCGCAGAAGAGCGACAGCAUCCUCUUCCAAGUCACACAACUCUAGAUAUCCUGAAGAAGACUCCGUGUGUGGAUGGAUUUCCAAAUAACCCAUCUAGUUUUCUGAAUCUUCGCAAAGGUAGUAGAGAUUCUUUCAACCAGACCAGAAAUCGCCGUCUGACAGAGCAAGAAGACAUUAGCCAGAAAAGCUUGAAUACUGCAAAUGACCUAAAACUAGAUGGCCGUACAAAGUCAAUUGAUAAUACUCUCCAAGAAGUGUUAAAUCUGCUGAAAUUACAUGAUGUGGGGCAAGCCCAGCUGGAGAAAUUGGAAUACCAGGUUUCAUCUCUGAGGAAUAAAUUAAAGCUAAAGACACUUCAUCACAAACAUUCAUCUAUGGAAAGUUUAAUGGUGGAGACAGUACUGGAAAGUUUUGACUUUUUAAAUGCUGACUGUAGUGCUGAUGAGCUUUCGUUAUUUGGAAGCAUAAGAACAGCCAGUGUCAGCACAUACAAUGAAAACACGCUUCAAUCCCUCAGCUGUGACCUGAGAACAGAAACAAGAGAUGUAACUACCGGUGAUGACAACUUAGACACGCUUUUGGUAACUCAUCUGAAGCUGUGCAAAGGUCUUUUGCAGAAACUGAGGUCACCAAAUGUAGCCCAGGUUGUCCAGGAGAGCCUUUUGGAAGAAGUAUCAGAGCAGACACAAGUUCUGGGGGAUGUCUUGGAUAUGUCUGUCGAAGAAAUUAUUCAAAAGAUCAAAAAGAAGAAGCACUAUCUGAAAACUUGGAGUGAUCUCACAGAGCCUGGUAGCAUCUUCUUUGUUCCAGCAGAAAGAUUCCGUCAUGCGCUCAAAUACACAUUGACGCUCAAAGUGAAGGAAAAAUACCCUGGUCAAUUAGAAGCAGUACUGCAGAGGUUGCUAGAGCAGAUCAUCACCUGUGACGGGUUGCUCCCCCCUCUGUGCCUCCAAACAGAACCAGUUACUUUAUUCCAAUUUUAUAGAUACCUGGAGAAACACCACAUUACCAGCCUGGAGAAACACUUGGGAAAACUCGCUAAAGAAGUAAUGCUAAUCGAGGAGCUACAAUGCCCUGGACGGCUGAAGACUCUUAAAAAAUUGAAAGGAAAGCGACUGAACAAACUCCAACCUCUACCGCAGACUUUACGGCUACUUGGGAUUUUACAGCUGGAUGACAACCACCGCGUCAGCAAAGCAGCCACAUCCUGCCUCGCCCGCGCCGCAGCAAACAAGAACUUUAGGGAAAAGGCGCUCUUUUUUUUCACUGAUGUUUUAGCUGACUGUGACGCAAGACUUCAGCAAGCUGCAUGUUUGGCUCUUAAAAACCUCCGAGGUGUUGAGAGUAUUGAGCAGGUUGCCCACCUGUGCCAGUCUGAAACAGAGGAAGUUAGGAAUGCAGCCAGGGAAACGACGCUAUCCUUUGGUGAAAAGGGACGGCAAGCCUUUGAGAAAAUGGACAGGAUUUGCUGUGAAUUAAGAGAAACUGUACAACAAGAGGCUGAAAUUGAAAUCACAGUAUUUUAGCAGUGGAAUAUGAGGAGCUGAAGCAAAUCGUCCUCACAGCCACCUAUGGGUACCUGAGGAUUGGGUUUUGUUGUUUAUCAGUCUUGUUUACUGACGCCCUGCCGUGCCCUUGCUGCACACUGGCAGAGUAGAGGGCUGUUUCCAAAAUGGGGAGCUUGCAGUCGACGCCACGUAGACUGGAACAUGUCUUCUGUCUCAGCACAUGAUGAAAUACCAAGUGCUGGACAAAUAAAACCCAGGAUCUCUUAGAGUAUGGAACCAGGCUGUCACUUGAGUUAAAAUCCCCAUCUCCCUGGAAUUAGCUGCCCCUGCUCAAACUGUACGCCAAAUGGGAUCUAUUUUCCCGUAACGUAUUUGAUGAAUUUGGCAUUUCACAGAGAGGAGAGAAAUGCUUGCUUUCCCACAGUCCAUCUAGACAUUCAUGGGCAGCAGCUGCCCUGUGCGUUAGAAAAACCCAGCAGAGGUGCCUGCUGGUCUCCUUUUCCUGUACAGUUCAGUUGUGGAAGGAAAGGCUGUUACUUCAGAAGCCCAUUUCUUCAUAACCAUUGCAACCUGGGACAGGGUCAAGCAAGGGCUGACAGGGAUAGGUACGGAGUGUAGGCCCUCGGCAGUUUACAACAGGAAGGUAGGUAUUGUACUGGCCCUGUGCAGGUCUGAUGGACAUAUGGACAGCUCUGCUGAAGUUGGUUUGUGUGGUUGGUUAUGUUUUAUUUUUUAAAUUUAUUUGUUUAGUCAUAGACCAAGACUUUGCAUAAUCGCACACCCAUUGUCAGGCUCCUUACUCAACACUUAGCUAACUGACUGAGCAGAGGGUAGUAGUAAAGAGAAGCCUGGCUUCAGGUAAAAUACUUGAAAGGGUUUGGUGCGUGUGUGUGUGUAUAUAUAAUUUUUUUUAUAGAAAUGUAACUUUUCUAUUCAGUAUUUAUUUGUUGGAUUUCAUACUGUUUUCUAAAAUUCUAAUAAAACACGUGAGAGAAGUCCCUGCAUGUGCUUCAGACUGCUGUGCUUGUAGCGGUGCGGGCAGGUGUAAGGGAACUCGGAUGCUGACCUGACAGGCACUGGGUCAUGCACCCACCCCUCUAUUCCAGCUGUGAGCAGUUCAGGCUGGGCUGGCAGAGGCAGGCUGCUGGCAUUCUGUGCUGCCUGCUUGUACAGCUGAAGUCAUUAGCACUGACGAGCAGGCCCAGGGUGUGCUGGUCUAUAGCAAAGUAGAACUUAAUGGGCUGCAUUUCUGUACUGUAACUCUGCUUUUAACCUAUGGAUUUCUUUAAAAGCAGGGGGAAGAUGUUCUACUUCGGUAAAUUCCCUGGGCCCCUCUCCCCUACUCUUCUCCUUCGCUAGGAGGGGGAAGGGCAAUAGCUGGUGACUUGGACAAGGCAGGGCAGCCCAGCCAACCUUUUGCCUGAGCCUGGCUUUAAGCUCUGUCAGAAGGUGCUGACUGCUUCUGCAGGGCAGAGCACAAAAACUCACCACAGCUGUGCUAACACCACUGUAUGAAGCUACUGAAAAUUCUCUCUUCAAGUGCCUCUCCUCCAGUUGUAGCUUUCCUUAAAAAUAAAAACAAAAAAGUAAAUCCUUUAAUCCAGACAACACGGAAGCGUGAUGGCUGCAGCUGCUGUGACUUGAACAGGGACACUACUGUCACACAGCUUCAUGUUAAGGUACAACUGAAACUCUUGCAAAAACCAGAGUUUCUACACUUCUUGUAUCACACUGAUUCCUAGGCCAAGAUAGUUGAAAUUCAACUGUUUAAAAGCCUAGAGAAGGGAGAUGGAGGCACAGGAUACUCCCUUCGCUUGAGCUGACCUACAAGCCCGUUCUUAGAGUGACAUUUAAAGCAUUUUCCUCUAGGAGAAGCCCCGCCACCUAUCAUGCUGGCCCCAAUUUGCAAGUGACUCAAAACAGGAGCCAGUGGCUCAGCCCUGGGGAAAACAGGAAGCAAUAAGACUCUCAUGUACAUUCUUUAAAAAAAGAAUUUUAUUGUUCCAACUAAAAUGAGAACUGAAAACUUGUAUGGGAAAUUGAAAAACUGUACAAUUUUACUAUAACCUGUGAGGUCUUUGCAGCGGCUUACACAAAAGACAAGAUACCUGAAAAUGUAUUAUACCAAAACAUUGAGCUUUUUUGUUGUUUUUUUUCUUUUAUUUUUUUAAAAAAGUUUAUUCUAUGGCAAUCUGUAAAAAAGAAAGACCUGAUGAGUAAAUAUUUGCUUAAGGCAUAUAGCAGAGCAGCUCACUAACUUUCUAACAAGUUUAACAUGGAUAUUUGUCCAUUUUCCAAUAAUAGGUUAACCAAUACACCCACUGUGAAACGCUACUGUAUAUACACACCCAAACUACUACAUACAUAUACAGGACAUCAAAACAAAAAUGUUUACAGUUCAGUAUCAGGAGCCUUAUACACACCUCGCUGGGCUGGCAGGGCAGUCAGCUGUCCGUCCCGGGACAGUGGAGGUUCUGGAUUUAGAACAGAUGAAAGAAAUGGCAAAGGGGCAGGAAAGGGGGGUGCUCAAAAUUUUAUCAUCUGCAGAAGCUUUCUCUUGUUAGAAUAAUCCACAAGUGAAUUACUCUGGAUUCAAAGGAAGGAUGCUUUUUGCUUUCCUGUCAAGCCUCGAAUUUAAAAUAUCCCCUCUUGGGAACAGCACAGAGGUGGUUUUUGUUUCUUUGAUGUUACGUGGGCCUGGGUUUCUGCAGAUCAAAGCGUGCUCCCACCACCUCGCGGAAGAGGCUUGCCUCUUGCUCCGCCAGCGCAGCCCUGGAGGCAGCACAGCACAUCACACCCCGAAAUCACCCGGCUAUUGCUUGCCUCAAGAGACCAGAGGCGAGGUGUGAAUAGGGCUUACUAAACUCUCUGGAAUGUCUGUACUACACUUACUCAGCUGAAAUGAACCAUGCUAAACAACCGGGUUACACCGAGUACGCAGCAAUUCAAUAGGAAGUCAUGCCAGGUAUUAGGCGAGUACAUGUUAUCUGAUAAACACCAAACCGGUCUAUCGCUGAACGAAGAUACUUCCAGCAACACCCUUUGAACCACAGCCACUUAAUGAUCAGUUCAUGCAAAUACAAUUUGGGCACAUCAGUAAGCAGAAAUAUAAGUUCUUUCACCUUUCAAGCACAUGGUAUUUCAUCAGGACACUAGAAGACUUUACAUGCAUUUUAAUACAAAGGGGGUAGAGAUGUUGCCUUGGAACAAUAUUCUACCAGAUGAUGGCGAGAAUAGUGGGGACAAAGCAAUCACAUACUGUAUCUUAAAUACACAGAUGAGCCAUUAUAUAUUACCAUUUUUCUAUACUCAUUUUUCACGUUUCCAAUAAUAUAACUAAAUAUUGACUGAUUACAACAUUCCUCCUUUCAAGUACUGGUCUGACCAACAGUCUCACAGGUAAAGUAUUGACUCCCAGUACUACCUGAGGAUUUAUUAUUGUACUUUUGAGAAGCCCUUGAUGCAAGCUUAACAGAACACAAAAUAGAAGUAGCCCCCCCCCUCCCCCCCCCUUCACCAACUUAUUCACCAAAGGAAGAGCGCUGCACCUACAGACAGCUUUGCAAAAAUAAAUAUGGAGUGGAGGGAGGCUUACGGAAGAUACUCCAUAGUGAUGUCUGCACUGAGCAUGGUGGUUAAGUGCUAUAACUCUAGAAAGCUUUUAAAAAUAAAAAGAACUGAGUAGUAACACUGUUGCAGAUCAGCUGUCACGGUUGAGUUUCGAUCACUACCACUUUCAGUAGUGAGUUUACUCCUGUCCUCCACCCCAUGACACGAGCAAAGCCACCUUUGCUAUUGGUGUUUAAACAAUUAAUAAUUUGGUACUAACAGGAGGAACAGCAUUGCCCACGCCUGGUCAGUGCAAUGCCGACUUCCAGUCACAGUUCUACCAAUGCACCCAAAUCCUUAUUUACAAGCACUUGACGUCACUCGAGUCCCGAGCCCGCGGCACCGGCCCCCCAGCGAAGCAGAACAGCGCAGGCGCAGCCGGGCAGAGGACAAACCCGCCCGUCGCCCAGCUCGCCCAUGGAGAGCAACAGCCCCGGCCGCAGAGGCGCAGGCUCGCCCUCCCACACCGCCGUCUCCGGUAAUUACUGAAGAGCGUAUCUUCAAGCCAAACCGAAGCCAGUAAUUUAAAUCUUCUCUUUAAAAAAAGCAGAACACACAAACGCUUGCAUCAUAAGCCAACUGAUACGUUCACAGACCAAUAUGUCUUCUGCUGAACUUUUUAUGUCUUAAGGAAGCUGCCACAGCAUUAAUUGCUCUGGAUUCAUUGAAAUGCUUUCCUGUUCGCUGCCUGCAAUGCCUCCGAGCACGUUACCUCUCUGGCCCUCGCAGGGAGCAUGCUGUUCUGUACGGAGCAGACGUAGAGCGAAACUGCAUUUUACAUUCCAAAUGAUGAGGUUUAAGAACUGGUCCUUCUGAAUGCCAACUGCAGAAUGCUGGUGGACAUGUUUUGGUUGAAUUUCCCUUCCUGUUUCUUCUCUCCCUCCCCUCAACCUCUCCUAGCCCAGAAUAUAAAAGUAAAAACAGCUUUACAAAGGAUGGUGCAAUGUAAAUGGGCAUAUGUGCAAGUAGAGUGCAACAAAAGUCAAUGAGGAGAUAUGCUUAUUAAAAAAAAGAAAAAAAAAGAAAAAAA